GUUCGCCUUUCGUCCACACCAGUUGGAUAAAAUUGAAAGAGACGGACGUACCGUGAAGACGCACUUGGCACUUUUACGGAAAAAAGAAGAAAUAUUUAAGCGAGACGGAGACACGUACGAGUCGAUCGUUUAUUCCGCUGUGAUAAAUGAGUACCGGCUGUUUCACCGCGGCUCAGCGGAUUUCGUGCCACACCAUGAAUGCGGAUUUAUUUAAGCCUGCUCCGGAGCGUGGUGGACCCCAACAGACUUCUGCCCCGGCGAAAAACAGCAGGAAUAAACACGAUCAACCCAAACCGGAGCUGGCUCAGGUUGUGACGGAUCUCAAGACGGGGAGGUCCUACAUUAAAGGGAAGCUUUUGGGAAAGGGCGGCUUUGCUCGAUGCUAUGAGAUGACAGACCUGUCCAACAACAAAAUGUAUGCAGUGAAGGUGAUCCCACAGAGCAGGGUGUCCAAACCACACCAGAGAGACAAGAUUACGAACGAGAUCGAGCUGCACAGAACGCUGUCACACAAGCAUGUGGUGAAAUUCUCCCACUAUUUCGAGGACCAAGAAAACAUCUACAUCUUCCUCGAGCUGUGCAGUCGGAAGUCCCUGGCACACAUUUGGAAGGCGAGACACACACUCACAGAGCCUGAAGUGCGCUAUUACCUCAGACAGAUCAUAUCCGGCCUCAAGUACCUCCACAGCAGAGGAAUCCUGCACAGGGAUCUCAAACUAGGGAACUUUUUCAUCAAUGAGAACAUGGAGUUGCGGCUGGGAGACUUUGGCCUCGCUGCCAAGCUGGAGACAGUUGAACAAAGAAAAAAAACAAUCUGUGGGACUCCCAAUUACUUGGCUCCUGAGGUGCUCAACAGACAGGGCCACGGCACAGAGUCUGACGUGUGGUCCCUCGGAUGUGUCAUGUACACACUGAUGUGUGGAAACCCUCCUUUUGAGACGCUCGACUUGAAAGAGACGUACAAGUGUAUUAAAGAAGUUCGCUACAACCACAGCAAAAGUGUGCAUGCAAGGAUUAAAGGAGCUCAUUCCCAUUAUCUCUGGUUACCCUUUCGGGCAUGUGACACACUGCUCUUUCACUUUGUUGCUCUUACUCAUCAUGUGCUAAUCGCAUGUUUCGUUGUUGCUCAGGUGCCGUCUCCCACCGGUCAGCUGGUGAGCUCUGUGCCUCUGGAGCAGACUCCUGCUGAGGAGGAAUCCAGAAAGUCCAUUUCCCGGUCUUUUAAGGGCACCAUGGCCAGCAGCACUGAACCAUGUGAGGAUGUGCUGACGCCUGCAGCUGUUGCCGACUCUGCCCUGAAAGUUCUCACGAACUGCCUGGCCACCAUGCCUGCAGCCAAUAGGAAUCCACCCUGCCUGUCCAGUCCGCAGUCCUUCCUGUGGGUGACUAAAUGGGUUGACUACUCCAACAAGUAUGGCUUUGGCUACCAGCUCUCGAACCAAAACGUAGGCGUGCUCUUCAAUGAGGGAACACAUCUCAGUCUUUGUGACCAGCGCAAGACUGUCCACUACUGCUUGACCAACAACAAACACUUCAGCUUCCCUUCAAACUCUCUACCUGAGCAGCUGCGCAACCAGAAACAAAUAGUUGAACUAAUGGCUAACUACAUGGAGGAGAACCUAAUGGAGGGUGGAGAUCUGCAUUGUGAGGAACAUGUCUCAGCUCCUCCUCCUCUGCUCCUCCAGUGGGUGAAGACUGACCAUGCUCUUGUCAUGCUCUUCAAUAAUGGCACUCUACAGGUUAAUUUCUACACAGACCACACCAAAAUCAUCCUGUGCAAGUCUUCUGACGACGCCUACCUGCUCACCUAUAUCAGUCGGGAACGUGCCUCGUGCACGUACCUCCUCAGCAUGUUGAAUGAAAUGGGCUGCACAUCUGAGCUACGGCACCGCCUUAGAUAUGUGGUCCAGCUUCUCCAGCACCACACUGAUGCCUGAGAGCGCAGCUCAGUGCCUCCCAGGCUACCCGAGUGACAGAUGCCUUAGAGGCAACCUGACUGGUUGAUACAGUUUCUCAAGGCAUAGCCAAGCAAGGCAAUGUGUUCAUAUGCGUGACGGAUGAAAAGGAUGCUCAACUUCUCUGAGCAAUAUUCUUGUCUGGCUUAGUGCCUAGGCAGCUGAUUUAUCAAACUGACUGAUUUUGAUAAAUGUCAAGCAGUCAGGGAGUUGCCCAAAGCAGCAUCUGCCUCAAGGGGUUGUGCCUAUCCAGCUAAGCCUCAAAGGUAUCCACCUGGAAGCUAUUGAUACCUAAAAUAAAGACUCAUACAUGGCCUGAAAUGAUGGAUCCCUCAUCGGCAGAUUCCUACAAAACAAAACAAAAAAAAAGACAAAAAAAACAAAACAAAAAAACCCCACCCAGUUACCCUCCCUCACUCAAACCCACUGCUUCUUGUCUUGGGCCUUUCAAAUCCGCCAACCCUACAGCUUUCAGCCUCCCCUGAUAGCCCAUCACCCAGGCAUGGUAUCUUAAACAUUUCUCAACACUAAAAUUGUCCCUUUUGCUCAGAAUGGAGAAAAUCCUGCAGCAGAAAUGCUCAGAUUUCCAAAAGUAUUUUAGCAGCAAGGUCUUUUACACCGUUCUCUUGCACUCCAACUGAUCUUUCAGCAAAGAAGCUUUGUGAAGAGGUAUGGUUUGACUAGAGAGAAAGACCCCCCCUAAACCCUCAAUUGGUUCAUUGUCUUCAUUGGUACACUUGUUUUGUUUUUGUUUUUUUUCUUUAAAUUUGUUUUUAAAAAAAAAUGGAAAGAGCCAGCUAUAGGAUCACACUACAAUCUUGACCUCACACGCACAAAUAUGCCUGGCCUUAUUUGAUGAUGGUGAUGCUUAAGUUUGGGAGUCAUUGCUUCUUCUGCUCCAACAUCAUUUUUUUUUCUUUUAAAUUGCAACCAAAUUUCACUGAUGUGGUGCAUAACAAACUACUGGGGCUGCAGGAGUAAACACAAUUUUGCACUUUCUUCUUUUCUUUUUUUUUUCCUUCUGUAAAUUCAUCAGGUGUACAAAGCCUUUUACCACUUGUUAGCUUUUUUUAUUUGUUUUUAACUAGAUACCAAAAAGCAUUUCAACUUUUCUGUUUGUUUUUAAAAAGGGGAAAAAAAAAAAGAUUCAACUUUUUAAAAUUCACACACAGUAGGUGAAUGUGCGCUCCACACGUGCUGGGAAGCUGAACUGUUGGUUGGAUAAUGGGGUGGGGGAAAGGGGGGUAAAAGUGCCUUUCUGAGGAAUGCCCGUUUAGUGCAAUAACAGCCCUUUGUGAAUGUCAAGCUGGCUACAAACAAGACUGAGAUGGGUUUUACAGGUGGGAUUUACUUUUGGACUUUGCACCAAGUUUAAGUCCAAUAGCACUACACUCUCACUACCUGGUAUAAGCUUUUAGAACAACUGUUAGAAGUAUAUAUUCCAAUAAUAUCUACUAAGGGAAAAAAAAAAGAAAACAUUGUACUCUGUCGUACUGUACUGUACUGUAAUCCUGAUCGGUUUACAUUGCUUUCUUGACCCAGAGUUGUAUCCUAAAAACUGUGACCUGGAAUGCAAGUAUUAUGUACAUGUGUUUUCAGAAAACUCAACAUUGUGAAAGCCAUCUGCCAAUUCAGAAGAGUCUUUAUUUUUUUGGCACAUAAUGUCGUGUUUAUUUAUUUUUUAUUUAUACAUAGUUUUUUAUUUAUUGUGCAAAUGUUCCGGUCUUGACACAAGUAAACGUUCAAUUCCGAUCACUUUUUUUGUAAUGUAUUUUGGGGGAAAAAUGGGACAAAAAUAAAGUUUAUUGAAAA